CACGAACAUAAAUCACGCGAUGAACUUGCCAGUUGGAAACCGUGCUUGUUUGGUGCGCUUGCCGGUUAUGCCAUGUGGACAAGCGUGUAUCCUGUCGACGUGUUAAAAAGCAAAUUACAGACUGACGGGUUUACUCUAGAAACAAAAAAGUAUAACGGCGUGAUCGAUUGUGCGAGGAAAACGUAUAGAAUUGAAGGUGUCAAGGGGUUCUUUCGCGGUUUUGGUACGUGUAUUUUGCGUGCUGGUCCGGUUAAUGCGGCAACAUUUGUUGCUUUUGAGGCGGCCCUGAGAGCAUUUGAAAAGAUUUGA